UUUUGAGGUUGUAGAACAGGAUGUCUGCAGUGGCUCACGGUAGACUACGAAUCUUCACAGGUGUCUGCGCGGGAGUCUUUUGUCUCCUCUGUUUCGUCUAAGGAAGUGUAGAACCAGUUUGCCGAUUAUCUGUCUCGUUUCUCGUUUUCCCAUGCUUCUUCCUGUGUAUCCUGUUCAAAAUAGAAGUCUCCAUCCAUUUAUGUUAGUGAUCCAAACUGGUUUACGCCCAAGCUUGAUGACGCUCUGGCUCGCCAGGCUUGACUCAGGUUGGAAUCUUCGGAGAAUCGCUUUCCGUACCUGUGGCCUCGCACAAACGUAACCAGCACAUUCCUUUUACGCAUACCUACGACCGUGCACGGAGUGAAAGAGAAACCCUUAUUUGCAUUCGCGGUUAGUCUCGCUCAAAGCCUUGCGCGUCGUCCUUCCAUUCCCUACUCUCCAUCGAACGCAGCAGGCAUCCCUGUAUAAAUGAUUGCAUGAUUUUGUCCCGUAGACUAUCUUUGUUUUUGCUCUAGGGGUACCUGUGGUUUCCCUUCCAGAGGAGAUCCCGGUGAUACACAGAAAUACGCAAUAUUCCCCCUGGUCUGCAUAUUCAGAUUAGGGCACUGGUUGAACCUGACAAAUACCCUGAUUUUUUUUCAUACGCUCCAAAUCCCCUUUUUUCUCACAAGUGGCGAAACGCUGCCUCAGCUUCUUGUUCCAUACACCAGUAUCGUCAAUAGAUACAUGCACAUAGAUACGUACGUUGCCAUCGAGAUUGUAUUUUUUCACGUGCAUCGCUUAAGCGUUUUAUGCAUGCCCACGGCAUGUGCAUUCGUUUAUAAAUAUUUAUACCUCUGCAUGGUUACGUACGUCUCAGGAUCGCCGGGUUAUCUAGUUCUCUCAUGGUUGCUGAGCUUCUUCGAGUUUAGGCUUCUCCAUUUGACAAGAUGGACUCGCUUCGGUGCCCUCAGAGGUUUUUCACGCCGAAGCUGCUUCUCUAUCUCUGGAGUGGCUCUUUCCUUGCAUCUCUUCUGAGGGCCACCGAUGCAUGCAGUGCACCUCAGUAUCACCCAGAUAACUUUGAGCUGACAAAAACCCUGGAACGGCGACGGCUGGAACCGGUUUCUUGGUCGACGGAAAACAAGGUUCUCGCGCCGCCGAAGGUGCCGGGUCUUCUUGCGGAGAAUGCCGCGGUUGAGAACUUUGUUCAGUCUCGUAGCAUUUCCGGGGAGACAGCGGAUGAACAAAACAAGAAACAUGAGAAUGUACUUGGCAACCUCAACCUGGAUGCCUUCCUCCUUGCUGCCGAUGCAGGCAUUCCAGCGGAGGAGCAACACAGCGGCACAGUCAAUGCUGACGAGCAUACCCAUGGUGCGUCGUCGUCUUUCCCUCGCUCGAAUGCUUCGUCUCAGACUCGUUCUUAUUCCACGCUGCGUGACGAAUCGCGUUCCACGGGGGACACAGCCUCACCUGUUGAAAUGAACCAGGCACGUGAACAACACGGAGACGAGGACGACGCUUCGAAGUUUUCCUUUCCAUUUCUGAAACCGCCGGGACGGUAUCCACCGCCUGAGAAUCUUGCGUGUGUAGACAGCGCUCAGUGUGCAAGAAUUGCCGAAAUGAUUAAACGAGAUAUGAAUCCACGCGCUGAUCCGUGCUACGACGCAGAAGAGUAUUUCUGUGGCGGGUGGAAGACACGUACUUCUCUCCCUGCAGAUGAGAGCUCGUGGACGCUUUCGUUUGACACUUUAGCCCGAGACACGAGAGAUUACUUGAAAACCACCUUAGAGGCAAGAAGCUGCUCGGACAUGCGAGACGAGCUCCACAGGCAAACUCCACAAGAUUCUGUCUUUUCAAACCUCAACAGCCCGUCUAGUGUCAUCGGAGAAACAGGAAACCGAGUAGAUGAAUGGGACGUGUUGGCUACAUGCAUGUACGAAGCGUGUAUGGAUGAAGAGGCGAUCGAUGCACGCGGGGCAACGCCACUGACAGAUCGCAUGUUUGGUAGAUCUGAGAGAGGCUCGAUGUCUCUGGAGUUCUUACUCGAUACGGACUUCGAGGCAGAAGCAAUUCAUCUCGCAGAGCGCGGAAAUACUCACCCAGACUCUUCAGCUAUCUCCACUUUUCCUGUGUCUAGAGAAGCAGUUCUGGUGCAGCGGUUACAAGCGAUAUUUCACCGGCUGAAAGACGUGUUGUUUUGGUCGGCCUAUGUGGGUCCCAACGAGCUGCAUCCUGACCAAGGGCAGACACUGAAUCUCGGGAGUCUCAAGCUCGGCUUGUCGUACCACUUUUAUGAAGAAGACCACUUGGACUACCAGAGGUACUACAAAGAACACAUGGCCAACAUUCUUCAGAUAUUCGAGGCGCAUUUGCUAAAAACGCACCCCCAGUUGCUAGCUAGAGCUCAAAAGGUAAACCCGAAUCUGAGGCGAAGCUACUCAGAGCGAGCGCAGAGGAUCUUUGACCUUGAGAAAAACGACCUUCGGCCGCUGGUCCUCUCUCCAGAAGAGACCCGUAAAGUAACUCAGUACACACACGAAGUCACCUUCGGCGAGCUAAAGGCUUCCACAGAUGCCUUGGAUGUUGAGGCGCUGCUCCACCUCUACCUAGAUAUGCUGCCUCGGAAACUAGGAGAGCAGGCUCCGUCUGCCUCCUCUCUCGGCGGGAAGAUUGCUUUCACGUCUUCGGGUGUCGUCGUUGACGACAGCCUCGUGCUCCUAAUACACGAAAAAAACUACUUCGCCAAACUCGAGACCACGUUGCGCUCUGUCGACUGGGAUGUUUUGCACGACUACAUCUUGUACAAAGUGGUCCGAAGCGACGCGAGUAUGCUGUCUAGAGACUUCCGCGACGAAAUUAAGCGCUACUCGAAGCAAGUCACGAAGGCCGAGCCGCUGCCGCGCUGGCGCACGUGCGUCUCGUCCGUACCGCAGUGGAUUUUGGCACGGAGAUACGUGCUCGGCCGGUUCGAUCGCCAGAAGAAACAAACCGUCCAGCUGAUGGUCACACGCAUUCGCUCGGCGUUCAAGAGCUUGCUCGAAGAGUACGCGUGGAUGGACGAGCCGACGCGCGAGGAGGCGCUGGAAAAACUUGCAGGGAUGCAGGAAAAAAUCGGGUUUCCUGACUGGCUUCUUGACGACUAUGAAACGUACUUCACGCGAUACUACGGGGACAAGUCCGCCGCUCUCGAACUCGCAAGCAUCCACUUCGAGGUCCAGUGGCACUUGGGUCUUGAGGCGAUCCGGUCGCAGCUGGCGGAAUUCGGGGAACCUGUUGAUCGCCGGGAGUGGGCGAUGAAGCCACACAGCGUCAACGCGUAUUUCUCGCCCUCGCAAAACGAGAUUGCCUUCAUGGCUGCGGUCCUCCAGGAACCGUCACUCUUCGUCGCGAGUCCGCACGCAAGCCUAGGCGAGGACACCGUGGUCAAGGCGCUGAGCUACGGGGCGAUCGCGGGUGUCAUUGCACACGAAAUCACUCAUGGCUUCGACGACGUGGGAAAAGAAUACGACGUCAAAGGCCGGCUUCGAAACUGGUGGACACCUGAGAGUGAGGAAGCCUUCAAGGCAGAAGCCACGUGCAUGAAGGACCAGUACAGCGGCUACAGCGUCGUGAUCGUCGAUGUAGAGAACGAUAAGGCGAUAUAUAACACACGACCGAGCAGGGAAGCGUCCGAGGUGGAACACUCAGACGGAAGCAGCGGACAGAAAACAGUUAGGGUUAGAGGGGACCUUACCCUUGGGGAGAAUAUCGCGGACAACGGCGGGAUUCAACUAGCCUGGGCAGCUCUGAAACUCGAAUUGUCGCCAGAGCAACUCAAUUCGAGACCAUUGGAGAACUACGGGGUGACACUCACGACCGCGCAACUCUUCACUUUUUCCUGGGGGCAUUUCUGGUGUGAGAUCGCUCUGGACAGCUUCAUUCGGCGGCAGGUCGAAACGGAUCCGCACAGUCCAGCGCGCUUCCGCAUUCAAGGUCCUCUCGCCAACUUCGGCCUCUUCGCAGAGCAAGAACAGUGUCCUGUGGGAAGUCUGAUGAAUCCAGAGACAAAAUGCCGAGUGUGGUAACAAAAUGGAAGGAAUCGUUCCUGGGGAACGGCAAGGCUACUCCGGGCUUCAUCUGUGAAGCAACCACUAAGGGAGAUGCAGGAAGCUGAGAGGUGUGCGAUCGCGCGCCAAUGUUGUAUAGGCACUUUUUAUUUAAAAACGAGCAACAGUCAAUGUCUCCUUGGCACACCUAUGUUUCGUGUUAUGUAUAGCGACCCACUUGUUGUCGAGUAGAUACAAUAGUGAUAUGGACAAGGGAGAGGGGUAUACGCAGUUUAUAUGCAUGCACUCAAGUUGGUAAUACUCGCAUCUCUGCCAACUAAGCUUAGCUUUAGCAUCUCUUGACACUCACCGCGCAAUAAGCGCAAGCGUUUCUCUGUAGCAUUUGCUAUCUUCACACUCUUGGAGUAAAUCUGCGCACGUGUUGGUGAGCAUUUCAGGGCCAUGCAACAUGCUGAUUGUGCGUUUCGACUUUGACCGGGUAACUUCCGGUCUGUUCUUUGUCGCAGAAUAACGUGAUAUACACCAGUGAUUAUAUCGGUACGUGUUCUACUGCAGACACUUUGGUCUCUAUGCAGAAGCGUCGUCAUGAGCCAUCGUAAUGUGUAAAUUUUAUGCAGGUACGAGAGUGAAUGGAGAAUGCAUAUACACGUUCGUCCUCCCUUACCUUUCUUGUACUCAUGCUCAGAUCUCGUUACUGCUCUGUAGAAGGUGGCUAUCUACGUUAAAAUUCUCUAAUCGCAAUCAGAAUCAUGAUUUGUUCAACUUCAUGGAUUCAUGUGAAGAGUUAAUGACGUUUUUCCUAUGUUGCUACACAACAGCAACCUCCCGAGGGAAAAAGGAUCAGCUACGGGGAAUUCAUGAACACAUUGGAGCUGUUAAACGCGUUAAAGGACUGGUCAGCAGCUGGCUCACCGCAGCGUAGUGGGUAUGAUGUCCACGAAACAAAGCGGUCUUUACCCGUUUUGCUUCUCUCACCUCCGGGCUCACGGGGGCACCGCACCAACGCAUCCGGAAAUUAAGAUCCCCUGCAAGCCGCGGGCUGCUACCCUCAAAACCCCAGAAACUCUAACGCAUAUCGAAGAAGACUUGUGUACGUGCCUCUGUAGCUUCCCCGGAGAAGGCGACUGUAC